GGUAAAAACACACUCUUUGUCGCGUUUUUGAUGAAUGAAAAAGCUUUUACAAGAGGUUCAUCUGGGCUUCAUUGCGGUGUGGAAACGUUUACAAUGCCGUGCAGAUUAUUUAUACAUCAAAAGGCGAUUACCUCUGCUUCAAGUGUAGAGAAGUACAUCAGAACUCAAACUGACUCAGCUCAAGAGAAUGUCCAGUUUAUCUCCCCAGCUUGUCCAAACUCUGUGAUACCUGAUGUUGGGAAAUACCCAACUGUGGGAGAGUUUGUGACGCGACUGUGUCGAAGCCAUGGCCUGUUGGUCAGCCCUCGGGUUACUGUGUUGUCUAUGGAGGAGAGUCUUCAGGCUUUACAACUGUGUCUGGCCAGCAUGAACAAGGAGAAAGGGGACUCAUUUGAUGCAGAAAAAAGCAAGGUUCAUGACUACUACCAGAAACUAUCUGCGGCGAAGCUGAACCCAGAUGAAGUGUUGUCCUCCCAGACUGGUGUAGAAUUGCUGACUCAGUACAAUUCCUUCCUGGCUGCUUGUGGACAUGUGGACAUCAUGGAUGUCGUGACAGCCUUUAAUAAUGAGUUAACCAAAGACCCCACAGAUUCGGAGCUCCAGAGAGAUCUGUCGACCACAACACUUGUAUUUCUAGGUGUGCCAAGAAGUCAAACUGAGAAACUGCUGAUGAGACAGUUGUGCAGAGGUGGUGACGUCACAGAGCUGUACGAUGAUGGUACAUCUGAAGACACUGAAACCAUCAGUCAACGUAACAGAUCGCUGGAGGAGUUACUCCCCCUUGUUGUGGAAACACCAGUUAAGGGAUCAAGACCUACUUCAGCUUCCAUACAACAGGUGUUCACUCACAGAGUGCUGCUGGCGUAUCUCCACGUUCUGGUGAACUCCCGCAGCGAGCUCGCACUGGCCCGCAUCUUCAAUGUACCAGAUCGGGAGCUGGACCACCAUGCCUUCACUGCUCUAAAACACGAGGCCAAGAGGAAGAAGAUGUCCAUGUUCCAGACUGCCACAUCGUUCCUGAUGCGUAUCAGACUGGGUGGGAAGGGCUAUGCCCCUGAUACAGAGUGUCCCCUGAACCAGCAUGUCAAGGGGCUCGGGGAUCUCACGGAGUUGGUACAGAAGCUGUUGACUGUCGCAGAAGAGGUUUCAGAUAUCAGGUGUGCAUGUCGCCGCAUCUUAAACGUUGUGAAGAAUCGACUUGUCAAAUGUAAGCUGCUUAAGUUGAGGAAGGAGGAUGUAGAGGUGGUGACUGAGCAACUUUACGACUGCAUCUCACAGAUUGUCGACGACAUCGAGACCAGGACUGCUCACACCCCAGACAAGCCCGCAUCAGAAGGAGGAUCUCUGAUAGGACGACGGACUCUGAGAGUGAUCAAGAUACUGCUGGACAAAAUGGCCAGUACCCAAGGGGGAGACAACUCCUGUGAGAUGUACCUCAGUGACAUGGCACUGAACCCCACCACGCCCACCAGAGUCCCAUGCCUCAUGUCACAGUUCAGGUCCCCUGACAUUGUCGCCAUGGAAGAGGACAGCCCUGACAAGCCUGAUGUCACCCGACUGUCCGACAGGGACUAUGAAGUUCAGCAGAGACUUAACCGGCUGCUUGCCCCAUCCUGUGUCCAGACAGACUUUGAGCUGGCGGCAAUUCAUGCUAUAGAGAGAGAGUUUCCGAGUGCUGAAGUGAAGGGUUGCUUCUUACACUACUGUCAGGCCAUUUGGAGGAAGGUCCAGGAUCUGGGACUUGCUGUUGCUUACAGAGAGGAUCUGGAAAUAUCCAGAUGGAUAGACUUUGGAGCAGCACAGAGGAGCAGAAAGAGAGUGUACAGAGAGAUGGAGCAUCGUUUGUGUCGCCUCAAGGAGCAGCUCAAUCUUGGGCUGAAAACACCAAUGCAGUUCCUUGACGCUGAAAAUUCUGAAGUUGUGUUGCCAUGUGGAGAAAAGUUGACGCGUAAACAGCUCAAUUCUGUCAUUGUGUUUCCAAGUAAAACAGUUGUUCAUGCGUGCCCUGACACGGCCCAGAUCCUGCUGGGAAUGCCACCUGCCAAGAAGCGUGGGACCUGUGCUGCCUUGGACAAGGAGAAUCUCUGUACAAAGCCCCCACUGAAGUCUGAUCAACCAGCCAAGAAGAGAAAGAUCUGUGACAAAGUGAGCAAAAACACGAAGACCACAGAUGACACUUUAUCUCAACCCACUCUGUCUCAACCAAGUUUGUCACAACCAACAGCUGCUCGGAAGAAAAAAGCUCCAGCUUCAAAGAAGGGUUGCCGUCGACAACUCCUGCCUCAGGUCAAGGGUCAACAGAAACUCACAGGGUUCUUUAGAGUUUGAAUGUUAGUAAAGAU